AUGGCCAUGCAGUAAGCCUACAGGUGGAGACUGCCUCAGAUAUCACCGUCAUCAGUGAGAGACCCUGGCAGUCCCUUGGCAGCCCAACGAUGCAGCAGGCUUCGCAGUCCGCCACAAGCGCGUGCGGUGGUCUCACACAACUAAUCGGACAAUUGCAAUGCUGUGUGUCGUUCCGCGGUACCAGCGUCACUGCGAUCUACUUCAUCACCAAGUCUGAUCUAAACCUUCUUGGUAUGGACUGGAUUGAACAACUUGGUUUGGCCUAUAUGCCGCUCCGCGUUGUUUGCAGUCAGAUGCAGAUUCUGCUGCGCUUGCAGACCAAGCCAAGGACAUACUUCAACGGUUUGCUUCAGUGUCGUUGUACAUACACUCAAGCCGUGCUACAUCUGUCUCCUGGGCGUUAACCAGUCUUCCGUCCAAAGCGACCAGUCCCAUAUGCAGCCCUACCACUUGUCGUGGCUGAACUGGAGCCUCUGAGGGAACUGGGAGUUCUAGUCCCUGUAUCCUACUCCGCCUGGGCCGCACCAAUCGUGUGGUUAGGAAGCCCUAUGCCUCGAUUCGCAUUUGUGCUGACUUCUCCACCGGUCUCAAUGUCGCACUGACGCCGAACUGCUAUCCACUGCCGGUUCCGGCUGGUCUCUUCACACUGCUGAGUGAUGGCACUUACUUUGCCAAGUUGAAUCUUGCUGAUGCGUAUCAGCAGAUCGAGGUCGCCCCAGAGUCGCGCGAAUUGUUGACCAUCAACACCCACCGCGGUCUGUUCCAAUAUACCAGGCUGCCCAUUGGUGUCAAUACCGCACCGGCCCUAUUCCAACAAACGAUGAACGCAAUGCUCCCCGGCAUCCCUGGUACAGCUGGGUACCUGGACAACAUCACCGUGGAUCGCUCCCCUGCCGGGCUGCAAGACCGAGUGCGCGCGGUAAUCAACCGCGUGCAGGAAUAUGGCUUCCGCCUACGGGCCGAAAAGGGCCAAUUCUUCCUCGACUCCAUCAAGUACCUUGGAUUCUUUUUUGACGUCACCGGUUGCCAUCGAGAUCCUGAAAACAUUCAGGCCACCCAACGGAUGUCUGCACCCAAGAAUUUAUCGCAACUUCGUUCGUUCCUUGGCCAGAUCAGCUAUUAUAGCGCCUCCCCACCAUCGCUGCAUGACGUACGGGCCCCGCUCAACCGUCUGUUGCAGAAGGAUGCUCCCUGGUGCUGGUCCUCCGACUGCGAAAAGGCCUUCACCGAGCUAAAGUCGACGCUGAGUUCAAAUCUGCUGCUCACGCACUACGAUCCGACGCUGCCGAUCGUUGUUGCUGCAGAUGCUUCCAACCACGGAAUUAGUGCCGUCAUCUCACAUACUUUUCCUGACGGGUCUGAAAAGGCUAUCAUGCAUGCAUCUCGCACGCUAACUUCUGCGGAGAAGAACUACGGGCAGAUAGAGAAAGAGGUUCUUGCCCUCAUGUUUGCCGUCAAAAUGUUCCGCAGACUGUUGUAUGGUCGUCACUUCACGCUGUUGACGGAUCACAAACCAUUGCUGUCAAUCUUCGGUUCGAAGAAGGGCAUUCACGUCUAA